CUUCUGCACAGUUGCUGGUUACCUGGAGAACAUUGCAGAAAACCAUCUAAAGCCUUAUUCAUGCCUGGGACACACUCCUCAGAGCCUUUCAGAAAAUAAGCAGUUCACUGUUUUCCAUUUUGAUCUGCUUAAAAUUCUGAUUCAGGGUAUUCCUGCCAAUAUCUCUAACCUCUUCAGAUCACCCGUUCCCAGACAGUCUAAGGAGCUCCAACCACUCAUGGCUAAUACAGUUCCUCAGACAGGGCAGAAGAAGCCACAGGCCUCCGAGAAGCCUGAGCAGCGCCUCCCUGCAGAACCCUCAUCCAGAGCCAAGGCGAAGGCGAGACUGACCCGGUUUGUGUCGUACUUCGCUGGAGACAUGGCUCCCUUAGCAGAGUGGAUGAAAGGUCAGUUCAUCCUCUUCCAGAUCCUGGACUGGGUGUUGCGAGGGGCAGCGCAGGUCAUGUUUGUGAACAACCCCCUCAGUGGACUAAUCAUCUUCGCUGGGCUCAUCCUCCAGAGCAGAUGGGUGGCGCUCAAUGGCUUUGUUGGCACCUUGUUCUCCACCAUCUCUGCCCUUAUUCUCAGACAAAACAGGGGAGCGAUCGCAGCAGGCCUAUAUGGAUACAACGGAAUCCUGGUGGGUCUUCUGAUGGCCGUCUUCUCCGACGCAGGCGACUGGUACUGGUGGCUUCUGCUCCCCAACAUCUUCAUGUCGAUGGCAUGCCCGAUCCUCUCCAGCGCCCUGGCCUCAAUCAACAGCCGCUGGGACCUGCCUGUGUUCACUCUGCCUUUCAACAUCCUGGUGUGUCUACACAUGGUGGCUACAGGCCAUUACAACCUGCACUUCCCUCAGGUUCUGAUCCAGCCCCGCACCUCCUACCCCAACAUCACGUGGAGCGAGCUGGAUUAUGCUAAGCUUUUCAAGUCCAUUCCGGUGGGCAUCGGGCAGGUCUAUGGCUGUGAUAAUCCCUGGACAGGAGGAAUAUUCAUCAUCGCUCUGUUUAUUUCUUCACCAAUCACUUGUGUGCAUGCAGUGAUUGGCUCAGCUGUUGGUAUGGUCUCAGGUCUCGCCCUUGCUUCACCAUUCGAGAAAAUCUACUUCGGCCUGUGGGGUUACAACUGUGUUUUAGCAUGCAUUGCAGUCGGUGGAAUGUUCUAUGCUCUCACGUGGCAGACUCAUCUCCUGGCUGUCGUCUGUGCAUUUUUCUGCGCCUACCUCGGCUCCGCUAUUUCCAACGUGAUGGCCACCUUUGGCCUCCCAGCAUGCACCUGGCCCUUCUGCCUGUCCGCCCUCACCUUCCUCCUGAUCACCAGUGAGACCAAAACCAUCUACAAGCUGCCGCUGUCCAAGGUGGCCUACCCCGAGAAAAACCUCAUCUACUACCUAAAGAUGAAGAAGGAAGAGAAAGCGGAGAAGCUGAAGGCCGCAAAAGAACAGGUGGAGCUGCAGGAGAAGGAGGCGCAAAUAGCAAAAGACGAGGAGGUGAAGAUUACAAUCGAGAGCCAAGAGCCGGAGCAGCAGGAGGCCAAGGUCGAGAGGACAACGGCGACGGACACCAGCCACGAAGACAAUCCACCAGAAUACCCAGGUGUUACUGUCAGCACAGAGCCUAUCAUGGUAGAACUCUCUGUACUGUGAAUUCCACCCACAUGCCUCAGCAGAGCAGACUGUAUCAGCAUAAUAUCCAUCAAUAGCUCAACUGAAGCUUCAUCAACAGAGACUUGCUCAGCCUGGAACAUUCACUAUGUAUUAUCUUGAUUUGCUGUAAAUGUAAAUAGAUUUUUUGAAAUGAAUAAUAUAUUAUUGUUUUGAAUCCAAACAAUAUAUUAUUUA